AUGACGAAAAGAUCUCGCGCCUGCGAAGCCUGUCAGGCUCUCAAAGUCAAAUGCGAGUUUCCCUCCGAAUCAUCAACCUGCGAACGAUGUACUCGCUUCAACAUCACCUGCGUUCCUGCCGCUAGGAAAUGGCAGAGAGAUAGAAUCGCAGAGCUGGAAGAUCAAAUCAAGUCUUUGCAGGAGAGAUUGGAUGGGGCUUCAACGCAGGCCAUGUCGAGUUAUGCUGCUUCUACAAGGGCCACUUCGGUCUUUUCGACAGAGGGGAACUGGUCUACGACAAACACUCUACCGUCUGAUCUUGGAUAUCUGGAUGCCCAUCUAGAUUACGAGUCCCAGAUCAAGGGCCUGAAGGCUUGUUCAACCACUGCUGCACAAUUCUGGUAUCUUAUUCCCCCCGUGGACAACAGUUCAGCACCGUCACGACUAGAUUCUAUGAGGUCUGAAACACCCAUCAAACUCAUGGCCUUGUUCGCCGUCGCUCCCUCGGAAGCAGAAAUCGAUCCUCAGACCCAAGAAGAUCUACGAACAAAAACACUCGAAAUCCUCGGCAAGGCGGCAGUCGGUCUCAAAAGCCCAUCAGUCGACCUCAUCCAAGCUGCCCUAGUCAUGAGCCUCUGGAUACGGCCCUCUCUCAGCAUGAACCACGCAAACCCUAUACAAUUGGCUUUCAUAGCCCACGACCUCUGCGUUGAACUUGGACUGGGAGGUUCAGAACUGCAGACUUCCGCGCCGGCAUGGUUCUUCCGCAUACAGGGACCCCCGACUCUUGAAAUGCAAAAGACUUGGUUAGCUUCCUGGAUGACUUCAACCAUGGCUGCUUUCGGUCUCAGAAGAACACAUGUGUUUGACUGGGGAAGGUCGCACUACGAAGCCCUCCACGCCCUAGAGGCUGACGGCUCGGAGCCUUUGUUCUUGGAAAUGCUUCACACAGCAAGACUUCACGCUCGAAUCGCUUCCGGACUAGAACUAUGCAACGUCCAUGCCUUUUACGAUAUCGACUCUGACGUUGCCACGGCCACGAAAGCCCAGAUGUACAACGACCUCGAUGCCCUGAAUAGCAGACCACUUGCCCACGAUGUUCAACUUUUCUUUUGGCAAAGGCUGGCUGCGGUCUACGUCAACGAGCCAGUUCUUCACACGGCCACCAACAAGAUCCUCUUUGGAUCUCCAUAUGUCGCUGAACGCAUCGGCGUCAACAACUUUGCCUGUCCAGCCCAAGUGACACCAAACAAAGCAAGGGCACUCAUAACCCUGUUGGAAGCGUGCCACUUCACCAUCGAUGCGGUACUCAUAAUGGAGCCCAGUCUGAUGCUCAGCCUACCAUCGCUCUGCUUCGGACCUGCGGUGAGCUAUACGCUUUCGAUUCUGGUCAAGUUGUUUGUGGCAGUGUCUGCGCCAGGGAACACGUAUAGCCAGGUACUAACCCGCGAAAGGAUACACGUCAGAGAAGCCAUGAAGAAGCUCAUCUCUGUCAAGGAAAGGCUACUUCGUCUCGAUCCGGACAUGGGCAACUGGAACACGAGGAUCAUUGGGUCUGUGGAAUGGUUGAGCGUAUGGUUGGACGACUACGAGAGCAUCAUCGAGCAGUAUGAGUCCAAUCUGGAAAAGGGAACAGCCGAGCAUGAUAUUGGCGUGCUCAGCCCCAAUGGACAUUUCUAA